AUGCCGGACCAGGCCACCGAUCGGACGGCCACCAAGGAUAUCAAGACGGAAAAUCGGACUGACACCAAGGGUAUUGAGCCGAAAACAGAAAAUCAAACCCAGAUCAAACUCGAUCCCGGCGAAGAACCCGACGCAAAACUCCCGAUCUGCCCGACUGAGGGCGUCGGACAACGAGAUCUGCAGGCAGAAGGAGCGACAGCGACCACCCCACAGGAGGCCGAUGACGAUGAGGAGAUAUAUUACCAUGAUAGUGUCAAUCUCUCAGCGGAAGAUCUUGAAGGAAACCUGGCUGUCCUCCCCGAAAUCCCGAUCUCGACGACUGCGAAGGUGAGCAUUGAGGAUCUGCAGGUGGGAGACUCCGGAUCGGCCACACCCGAGGAUAUCGAGAGGCUCCGGCAGAUAAUCUGGAAGAAGCGAUAUCUGCUGAUCGGCAAAGCGGCAAAGGGAACGCCUUACCCCGGGCGGCCAAGGACGUCGUAUGUGAUAUCGAUGUUGGAAAUGCAAAACCGAUCGCACUGCGAACCAGGAAAGUGCCCACGCGAUUUCGCGAAAAAGUCGCGGGGCCUCCUGGCAGCCGAGAUCAUCCGACCCUCGACAUCGCCAUGGGCCUCACCGAUCGUGAUUACUAUGUAUCGACUACAAGCUGGCAAACAGUCUCACGAGGUUGAUGUUCUACCCUAUGCCCCUGAUCAGCGAUCUGCUAGAAGAUCUUGA